AUGAACGUUUGGUUGAAUGAUGAUUAUAAUAAUAGUUUAUGUGAAAAUGAUAUAGAUAUAUUAAAUAAAAAAAAUAAAAUUAAAAAUGAAUUAGAAAUGAACAAAAAUAAUAUUGAUAACACGAAAAAUGAAAACAUAGCAAAUAAUUUCAUUAAAAACACAAAUGAUGAAAUUUAUAAAAACAGUAGUAUUUUGAAAAUAAAUGAUAGUAGUAAUAUUAAUAGGAAUAAUGUAAUGAAUAAAAAAAAAACUAGAAUAAUAUCUAUAAAAAAUUUAUAUAGUAAUUUGUACAAGAUAAGUGAUACAUUAUUAAAAGAAACAAUAAAUGAAAAAGAAGAAAAAUAUGAAAUAGAUAAUUUGAAUUAUGAAAAAGAUAAAUAUGCAGAAAAUGCAGUAAUUUAUGAAAAUAAAUUAAAUUUAGAAAAUAUAGACAUAAAUGAUACAAAGAAAAAGUAUACAAGUGAAAAUGAUAUAAAUAUAUCUGAAAUUAAUAGAAAUAAAUUAGAUGAUAAUUCUAAAGGAAAAAAUAAGAAAUUUAAUAGUUUCUUAAAAUUAUAUGACGAAAAUAGUCAUUUAAAAGAGCAUAGCAAUGAAAAUAUAAAAAAUAACAAUGACAAUUUUAUAUAUUAUAAUAAUAGAGAAGAAAAUACGGAAAAUAGAAAUAUGAAUAAUCACUGUUUAAAUUUAAAUGGAUCAUUAAAUUGUGAUAAUGAAAAAAAAUUCACAUAUAAAAAUAAAAAAAAUACUAAUAAUGAAAAUAGUAAUAAUGAAAAUUGUAAUAAUGAAAAUAGUAAUAAUAAAAAUUGUAAUAAUGAAAAUUGUAAUAAUGAAAAUAGUAAUAAUGAAAAUAGUAAUAAUGAAAAUUGUAAUAAUGAAAAUAGUAAUAAUGAAAAUAGUAAAAAUGAUGAACAGAAAAAGAGGAGUGAAAACAACAUUGAAAGUGUUAAUGAAAAAGAUGAAAGAAAGAUAGAUAACUAUUUGAAAAAAAAAGGAUAUUUAUUAGAACCUGAUGAAAAAAAGGAAAAAAAUAUGCUUACAUUAUAUGAACAAAAUAAUAAUUUCUUAGACGAACAAAAAGAAAAAAAAAAAAAAUAUAAUUUAAUAAAUGAACAAGAAGGUAGUGAUUUAUUUAAAAAUAUGAAAAUAAACGAACUAAAAGCUAAGCUGAGCGAAAAUUUACCAGACACUUUUAAAAUUUUGUUAUGCACAGAUAAUCAUUUAGGAUAUAAAGAAAAUAAUUCUAUACAAAAAAAAGACAGUUUCAAUUCAUUUGAAGAAAUUUUAUUUAUAGCAAAAAAAUUAAAUGUUGAUAUGAUUUUAAAUAGUGGGGAUUUAUUUCAUAAAAAUAAAGUAUCUGAGUAUACUUUGUUUAAAUCUAUGUCAAUUAUGAGAAAAUACUGCCAUAUUAAUAAAAAAGAAAAUUGGGUAUUAGAAGAAGAGAAAGAAUCAAGUAAAAAAAAAUUGAACACACAUGUAAAAGAAAUCACAAAUUAUGAAUAUGAAUAUUAUGAAAAUGAAAAAGUAUAUGAGGAAUAUUUAAAAACUGAAAGUGAUUUUUCUAAUGAGGUACUUGAAGAGAAAAAAAAUAAAAAGAAUAAAAAAGAAAAAAAAAAAAAAAAGAAAAAAAUAAAAGAAAAAGAUUUUAGUAGCUCAAAUACAAAUGAUAAAAUUAUAGAAAAAUAUGGAAAGAAAAAAAAAAAAAAAAAUAAUAAUAAAUCAAGAUAUGAAGAUGAUAAUGAAAGUAUAAAAUAUAAUGAUAGUAUGUAUGAAAAAUAUGAAGAUAAUGAUAAAUAUUAUUAUAAUAAAGAAAUAAUUAAGGAUUUAAAUGGUUUAAAAAAUAAAAAGGAAAUUUUAAACAACUUAAAAAUUUGUUCUUUAAACGAAAAAUAUGAAAAAUCUAUACCAUUUUUUACAAUUCACGGAAACCAUGAUUAUCCUUAUAGUUAUGAUUUCAUUUCUCCAUUAGAUAUACUAAAUAUUUCUAAUUUAAUUAAUUAUAUUGGGAAAAACAGUUUAGAUAAUAUUGUAAUUAAACCUAUUCUUUUAAAUAAAAAUAAAACAAAAAUUUCAAUUUAUGCAAUUGGAUGGAUGAAAGAUGAACGAUUAUAUAGAUCAUUUGAAAAUAAUAAAGUAAAGUUUGUUUUACCAUCUGAUUAUAAAAAUAGGAUAAAUAUUUUAGUAUUACAUCAAAAUAGAUACAUAAGAAAUACAUAUGGUAAUAAUACAAAAAAUUUUAUUAAAGAAUCAUUUGUCCCAAAAUUUAUUGAUUUGGUUAUAUGGGGUCAUGAACAUUUUUCCAAACCAUAUUUAGAAGAAAGUAUAUUUAAUUCGUUUUAUAAUUUACAAUUAGGAUCAUCAGUUAGAACAUCAUUAUGUCCAAACGAAUAUGGAGAUAAAUAUAUUGGUUUAUUAGAAAUAAGAAAUGAAAGAUUUCGAUUUUUAAAAAUAAAUUUAGAAACAGUUAGACCUUUUGAACUUAAAGAUAUUCGAUUAGGUGAUUUUAAUUUAAAUUUUAAAGAGGAAAAAAUUUUAAAAGAGUUUUUACAUGAACAAACAAAUAUAAUUUUGAAUGAUGUGAAAAAAAAUUUAAACGAAGAAAUUAAAAAAUAUUAUUUAUUUAAAAAGUUGUUUUUCCCAUUUAAUGGAGAUAAAAAUGAUAAAACUUGCAUUUAUAAAAAUAAAGAAAUAAAUGAAUUAAUCUCUAACAAAAUAAAUGAAAACACAAUGAAUAGUUUGUUUGAAAAACCAGAAGAAAGAGAAAAAUAUUUUUAUUCCAUAUUAUCUGAAGAUGAAAUUCACAAUUUUUAUUCCAACUUAAAAAAUGAAGAUUUUUACUCAAGUACAUUUAUACAUAUGGCCUUUUCAGAUUGUUAUGACACUUUUGAUUUAAUAAAAAUAAAAAAAUAUGUAUAUGAAAAACCUCUAAUAAAAUUAAAAGUAGAAUAUGAUGAUAUUAACAUAAUAAAUACUCAAUCAUUUGGCUCUCUUUUUAUAAGCAGUAUAGCAAAUCCUUCUGAAUGUUUAUCUUUUUAUAAAAAGAAGAUAAAAAAUAGAGAUAAUAUGCAAUGUAUACAAGAUAAUGAAACAAAUGACAAAGAUCUUCAUAAUAUGGAAUAUAUAAAUGAAUAUAAUAAGGUGUUUGAUAUAUUAUUCGAUUAUUGUGAUAUGAAAAAUAAGUUAUCUAUACUAGAUGAAAAAGUAAUAAUGGAUACUAUGCAAAAUUUUAUUUUAAAUACAAAUUCUUCUUUUAAUUCUAAUUCAAAUUCUGAUUUUAAUUCUAUUAUUUCUAUGGUUGAUAAAUGUUCUAAAGAUAAAAUAGACUUACUAGAACAAAACAUAAAAGAUAUCCCAAUAGAAAAUUUAACGGAUGAUUAUUUGAAAAAUCUUACAGAAAAAUUAAAUAAUCAAGAGUUUUUUUCAAUUUAA